AUGCCGCCCCAGGCCGGCGUUAACGGCGUGCUGCCGGUCACGGUGCUGCAGAAGAAUGCCCCCGCAUCUGCAUCCCGCGGUCCGAAAGCUCCCCAACCGCGACUGAAGCUCGUCUGUCGGAGACUGCCCCCGGGACUGACCAAGGCCGAGUUCGAGAGCAUUCUGGGAGAAGAGUGGAAACUCGGUGCCGGAAAGAUCGACUGGUUGAGCUACAGGAAGGGCAAGAUCUCCAAAGACCUUGCCAAACCCUCCAGGCCCUCGCGCGCAUACCUUCACGUUACGCAGCAAGCCCACGUCACGGCCCUCGGCGACCACAUCCGCGAAGCUACCUUCCAUGAUGCCGCCAAAUCCUUCCAGGAUCCCGCCCUUGUCGGCCCGCCAGCGCUUGAGUUCGCCCCAUACCCGAAGAUGCCAGGAGGCAGGCGGAGGAAUGACGCCCGUCAGGGCACCAUCGACCAGGACCUGGAGUUCAAGGAGUUCCUCGAGAGCCUAACAGCUCCAAUCACCAAGCCAGCUGCUCCCGAAGGCGAAGUUCAAAAGGAGGAGAAGGUCAAGACCACUCCGCUAAUUGAAGCGCUCAGAGAGAAGAAGGCUAACAAGGACAAGCCGCAGGCCAAAGGCAAACAAGGUCGUGGCGAGGCUAAAGAUGAUGCUGCGGAGAAGAAGACUCUGGGCAAGGGCGGGAAGGAGGCUGCGCUCGCUUCUGGAGACAAGAACCGCAGGCUUAACAAGGCUGAGAGAGAGAAGGCUCAGAAGGACGCAGUGAAGGUCCUCAACAAGGAGGCGUCCGCCCUGAAGGACGCCUCCGCAAUGGGUUCAACUGACAAGGCCGCUCCAGCUACCCAAUCUCCUGCUACGGAACGUAAGCGUGGGAACGUCAAUCUGGCGAAGUCGAUGCUCCAACGGGAUUUGGGCAUUGGGCCUGCUCCCAACCGGCGACGAGGCACGAAACGCGAGGUCACUCCGGCUACCCAGGACACCUUGGCCCAACAGGACGAGAACACGGCCGGCAAGCAGAAAGCGAAGGACAUUACUCCUGUGUCUGCAACUACUCCAUCGGCAGCGGACAAAACUGCAUCUGCUUCUACCAAGAAGGAGCGACCAUCCCGCGCGGAGCGCCGUGCCUUCAAGGCUUCCUUGGCAGACAAAACAAACAGUAGAGACGACUCCAAGGCACAAACCAAGCCUGCCCCUACCCCUGCCCCUACUAUCCUCAAGAAACCCCAAUCCGCUCAACCGCAAACCCCCACGGCUCCCAAAGGCCCCGCAGCCGCACGAGCUCCACCCACCGAGCCCGCCGCUGCCAGGAACCCGACGCUUCAACCUCAAGCCACCCCAUCCAAGGCAGACGCCACAUCUCCCGCCCGUCCAGCAAACCCCACACCCUCAUCUGCUCUACCUGCACCUACCCCCACGGGCAAGCAGGCGUUCCUGAAACACGCCAAUGCCUCCCAAGGAAUUACCGAACCGCUUAUCGAAGAAGCUUUGAAGGUCUUUGGCGCUAUUGAGAAGGUGGAGAUCGACAAGAGGAAAGGGUUUGCCUAUGUGGACUUUGCGGAGCCGGAGGGUCUUCAGAACGCUAUCGCUGCCAGUCCGGUCAAGGUCGCACAGGGCGCCGUACAGGUGCUCGAGCGGAAGGAGAAAGUUGCUCGAAACCGUCCGUUCGCUGGGCCUCCUACCGGACCGGCUCGUGGCCGUGGGGGAUUUGGUCCGCGCGGUCGCGGACGUGGAGGCGCGAGGGGUGGCGGACAUGCCAUCCCAAACCUCACUCUUGGAGACCCGGCACCGGCAUCUGCGGCUGCACCAGCACCGGCACCGGCACCGGCGGCGUCUGCACCUGCUACGAGUGAAGCAGCAACAUGAGAU